AGUAAUAGUAAGAAGUUAGAUGCAUUAUGUUUAGUUUGUGGGGAUAAAGCAUCAGGAAAACACUAUGGUGUACAGAGCUGCGAUGGUUGUCGUGGAUUUUUCAAGAGAUCUAUCAGAAGAAGUUUAGACUAUGUUUGUAAAGAGAAUGGUAACUGUACAGUCGAUGUUGCUAGAAGAAAUCAAUGUCAAGCAUGCAGAUUUAGAAAAUGUUUAGAUGUUAAAAUGAACAAAGAUGCUGUACAACACGAACGAGCUCCACGAUACUCUUCUCCUAACAGCAAUAACAAACUAUCAUCAAACUUGACGUCAACACCAAUCAUCUCAUCCUUUCACCAACCAUUCCUUACCAAGAUAACACCGACUCAUCCUAUUCCACCACCUUCUUUCUCAUCUCCCUUUACUUCAUCAACAUCAUUCCAUCUACCUAGUUCAGUCCAAGAACAUAAUUCAUACGAUAAUGCAUCGUCUGAGAACGUAUUCGAAACUGCUGCUCGUCUGCUGUUUAUGUCUGUCAAAUGGGCACGAAAUAUACCAUCAUUCUUACAACUUCCGUUUAGAGACCAAGCUAUAUUAUUAGAAGAAUCAUGGAGUGAACUAUUCAUACUCAGUGCAUCACAGUGGUCGCUUCCUUUAGAUGCAGCAACAUUAUUGAUGGCAAGUGGAGUAACAUCUGAAAACUCGGCAACAGAGAAAAGUGUGUACAUAUCUUCACAGAUUAGAAGUUUUCAAGAUAUCAUUAACAGAUUUAAUUCUUUACGUGUUGAUGCUACAGAAUAUGCAUGUCUUAAAGCUUUGAUACUUUUUAAAUCGGUAAUAUUUUCCAAAAUUAAUUUUUCAGAGACAAGAGGGUUGAGAGAUCCUUCUCAAACAGAUACACUUCAAGAUCAGGCUCAACUUAUGAUGCACGAAUACAUUCAGUCUCAUCACCCUGGUAACAAGGCAAGAUUUGGUAAAUUGUUACUGCUACUUCCAAGUCUCAGAGCAGUGAGCGCUCGUACUAUUGAAGAUAUCUUUUUUCGAAGAACGAUUGGAAGCAUUCCCAUAGAACGACUUUUGUGUGACAUGUUCAAAUCAAGCUAA